CGCGAGCGCCACGUCGCGCGGGAGAUCCAAAAACGACGACAGGACCGGCAGAUCGAGAAGGCGCAGCGGAAGGUCGCGAAUUACCUGAUGGACAACGUCGUCGUCGAGCAGGAGCAGAUUUUGCGCGAGCAGUCGACCCGCAAUUUCGAAGACAUGCACCCGGGCCAGAUCGAGCAGCUGGCGACGGAGAUGGGUGUGCGCGCGGAGCAACUCUCCAUGCUGUGGCGGCACGACGCGAGCACGCAGCGCAAGCUGCUGUACGAGUGGGCACUGGCGCGGGCGAGGGCGCAGCGUGCGGACGACCGAAACCACAAUCGGUUCGCGGCCGGAUUGCGGCAGGCGACACCGACUGGUAACAGUGACAGCUUUGCGCGGCGGAACGCGUUUGUGUUCGGAGACGACGAGGACGGAGAGAACGACGAUUUGGAUAACGCCACCGCUGAGGAGUGGAUCGACGAAGCCAACCGCGCGUUCGACAUUCUCCAGGCGGCGCAAGGGGAGGAAAACCCGCAGUUUUUGAGUGAGAGCACGGACGAGCUCGACGGGAGCGCCGUAGACAGUGCGGAAAACAGCGGCGACGAAGGGGGUGUUGCAGGCCGCCAAACGCGGCGGGAUCAUGCUGGCGCAACAGAUUCGACGGCACGGGCGGGCAACGCCGGGUUCAAUUUCUCGCGGUACAUGCAGAACUGGUUCGGGUUGUCGUCCUAUGGUGCGUUGUCGCCCAUCCGAGAAACGACUCCCGGUGGGCAGCAGCAGGAAAGUAAUAGUAGCCCCGAUGCGGCAGGGGCCGGAGAUAGCGCCGGAACAACGUCGAUCCGCACGGGACGUGCGCGGAGCGGUGGAAAUGCGCUGGCAGGAAUGACAAGCCCAACACGACCUGCAGGAACAACUGCACCAGACAUCCGUGGGAUUCGCAGAGGUCGUGACACCCCCGGCACAACCGGCAGCUCCGAUGGCCAGGUGCCCCAAACUGCAGCGCUUUUGGAUGCCGUUUCCGGUGCUAGUCCAGGAACUACAGCAAGGCAACGCAGCGAGCCAACCUUCCGCGACCACGUGACGCUCCGCUGGCUGCAAGCCCAGGUGAUGCUGACCUACGCCUUCGAGUGGACGAAGAGCUGGCUUUACCCCGAGCCCUCCGUGUGGGACGGGCAGCAAGGGGCGCGGGCGUUCAGCGUGCAGCAGAAGACUUCGGAGCAGAUCUACGAGCUGGCGUUUGGGUGCGGCAUGCGGUUCUACCUGAACACGCUGAAUCAAGCGGAAAUCCGGCAGAUGCAGUUGCAAACCGACACGGAGCGGAAGCCGUUGGACGUGCAACACCCGCGGUUCCCGAACAUCGCGGACCGGAGACGUCAACUGUUAACCCACGAGGAGUUCAUUGAGCACCUGACCGCGCAUUUACGGUUUGAACAGGAGGAAGCCCAGGAGGCGUGGAACAAACUCCCCUUCGUGAACGACAAGACGACCCGUAUUUCGCCCUAUUUAGGGAACCAAAACGGCGUGUUGCUCGCCGAAGACGUCACCGUCCGGACGGAGAAGGGCACCGUGGAGUUGAACCGGUUGGACUACGGGGAAACGGACCCGGUGCGGGAACUAGAUUUCCAGUACUGGGUGCGGCCGACGAACGCGGACAAAUCGACCAAACUCCGCGUGAAGUUCCGCAAAAUCGGUAAGAGCCGGCCGGUUGCUCUGGACGCCCGACAGGUGAUCAAGAUCUCGCCUUUGGAGUCGAAAGAGGAGUUCAUGGCGCACUACCGGCAGGACUGGCCCAAGGUGUGGGAGGCGGCGCUGCGGCGCCGGGGGCCGAACGGAAACUUUUUCACGAAGGAGGAGAUGUGCAAGAAGUACGGGAAGGACAAAGGGAAGAAGCUGUGGGCCGCAGCCUGGAAUUGGUUUGAUUUCGAUGUGAAGCAGUUCCACUGGGAGGACUUCAAGCGCCAGGUGCUCGUGCGGUACCGCCCCAAACAGUUUCGGCAGAGGUUCGAGGAAGACUUCUCCAACUGGGCACGAAAUCGGCUGAAGUUGAUGGACGCGACCCCGUUGCCGGAGCAGGAGAAGGAGCCGGAGCGGCUGCGGGACUUGCUCCAGGUGGACCGGGAUGCGUAUUUGCUCUCCUCGGUCAUUUUUCAGCACGACCACGGUGCAAGUGCGGUGUCGAUGGAGGGAUUUCUGUGGUCCUGUUGGCGGGCGGUGAAGUCUUUCUGGAUCAGGUCCUUGCCCCGGUUUCUGCUGGAUUGGGUACUGGGGCGUGGGCGAGCGGCAAGCUCCACAGGGGAUGCGGACGGCGGCGAUCAGCCCGACUGGCCGGCAGGAGCGGGAACAACGGGCUCUACGUCGGUAUUUUUAAGCCACAUUGUUCAUGUUUUCAAGAAGUGUAUAGACUCGCCUAGUACUUUGUUUUGAUGUUUUCGUCUUUUGUUGUUGCUGCUUUCACGCGUGCCCACCAAAAUUCCCGAAAUCAGCCCGGCUUUCUCCCAACAUCUGGAAACGGUGACGAAGCCCCGCGAAACCGUGACAGUGCGCAAGCACGAGCGGAAGCGGCCAGACAAGCAGUUGAAGAGCGCAAAGCCGCCGACGAGAUGAAGAAGAGCCUCGACCUCGCGGCGAAAGCCCAGCUUCGGUCUCCCAUGCAGCGUCAGGCGGCACACGGGCUGUUGUACGACAAGAUCAUGCUGAAGGACAUUCUCCACGUGGAAAACAAGGCUUUGCUCACGGCGAUGAUCGAUCUGAGCUACUUGGUGAGUUCCGACCUCAUUUCGCCACCUCCGGUGUUCAAGGACCCACAGAGGCUGCAAGUUGCGAGCACGACUGCAGAUUCCGGUCAACAUCCGGAUGGUGGCGCUGUGUCUACUGUUGGGGAGCAGGCCACUAGCACUGCCGGAGCGAGUGAACAAGAAACUGGAACAAGCGUCAGUGCAACAACUCUUCCGCGGGGGCUUCGGUCGAGGAACCGAAGCGCAAGAACUCUGUCGGACCGAGAAAGCAAAAGAGGAUCUGCUGCGGCUCUCGCCGAGGCACGGCGAAUCGAGGAGGGUUCGCCGUUCUCGCUGCUACCGGAGAUUCGCGUCGCCGGUAUGGCUGCAGUAGACGAGGGCGCCCUGAUGCGAGAGGAGGAGCAGAUGCUGAAAAGGUCCGUCACGGUAACCUCGACGGGAAGCGGAAAGAGAGGAAAUAAAGGCUCUUCAGGUACAGAGACUACGCAACUGACUUCGGCAGGAGAUGAAAAGCCAACGCUGCUGGACAAGGUUCUUCUGUACAAGCCUGCGCUGCUGCGGUUUUUCCUGGGUUCGUUUGACUUCCUGUUCUUCACCCUGGUGAUCCUGAUUGUGACCAUCUGGCAGCUGUUGCGGGAACAAAAUCGAUUGCUGAUCCAGAAAUGCGGCCGAGACAACCAACGGUUGAGCGCACCCGCACGGGAAACGCGUUUUUUGCGCGCGUUUCUGUACGGGAGUGUGGAUUUGAAUGAUGGAAAGGCAAAGGAAGGUGGUACGAAGAAGACAAAAAGCAACAGCAAGGGUGCGUCGAGAAAAGGCUCCACUGACUUCGCUAAAAACGGGCUGGAGCAUCAAGAUGAGAACAUCGGCAGCGACCAUGACGAUCACGAUGAGCUGUUGCACUCGGGUGCGCGCGUUUCGAAGCCUCGAUCAGGGCACAGUAGAGCGAAUCAAGGAACGGCAGCCACAACUUUUCCAGGAGCGAGCAGCUAUUCGCGCAUGAAGCAGGACACGAGACCGAAAGGUUUUCUGCGCUCUUGCCUUUCCGCGUGUUGGACCGAGGAGUUCGCGCUGCGCCUGCUGAGCACCCUGGGGGCCUGCUGUUGCUGCUGUCUGCGGAGGAGAAGGGCGCUAGCCGAGGUGGAGCGGUGCGUGAUGACGAAGUACCUACGGAAGAUAGCGGUCAAGGAAGCCUUGUCGCGGAACCGCGUUGACCCCGAGGUCGACGUCCUAGUUGUGAAGGAACAGCAAAGAGUCAAUCGCGCUCUCGAGCGCGAUCGCCGAGAGAAGGCGGCCCUCGCAAACCAGAAGCGCCACGAAUUUGUGGAAAAUAACGAAGAAGUAAACAACACCGCCGUUCUUGCAGGAGUUCCUUCAAUUGACGCACAGUUGGCACGAGGGGGGAGGUGUGGUCCGGCCGGGGGGAAUGGAAAAAAGAAGAUUGCAAGCAACGAAGUCAAUGCCAUGUGCCCGUCCGCGCAGGAGCCAACUGCUCCGUCUUUCCUGUCCCGACAGUUUCUUUGCCUCAAUGGCGUCCACAAGAUUUAUCGCGGAACCGCCACGGAGGAGUGGCUGGUCCACGCCGUCAAAGGUGUCACGUGGAGCGCCGAAGCGGAGCCUGCUGCGGCAAGCAACAGUGUUCAAAGCUUUCUCGAGGACGACGGCCUCACGGUGGAUGAGCGGUGCAAUCUCGGGCUCGACCGAGGUAGUAUGAGUGGUGUUGGGCCCGGAUCAAAUGCGAACUCCACCCAGCAAGGAACUGUUUUCGGGCUGUUAGGCAAGAACGGCAGUGGGAAGUCGUCAUUAUUGAAGAUGAUCCUCGGGGGCGAGGCGGUUUCCGCGGGACAGAUUCACAUGCUCGGCCUGGACGCGACCAAGGAUCGGGAUUUGAAAAAGAUCCGACGCUUGACGGGGUAUUGCCCGCAACGGAACUCGGUGCUGUAUCCAGACUUGACGGUCUACGAGAAUCUCGCGCUCUUCCAGAGUUUGAAGCGCGCGAACCAGAAAAGAAGUUCCACGAAGUGGAGAAGUAGUUCAUCUGAGCGUAGUAGUACAACAGGAACCGCGAAAAAUAACGUCGCGAGCAACUGUAUGGACACUUGGCAGAACAACAGCCCGGGGCAGAAGUCGGCCGACGAAGAGAUUCGAUUUUUGCUGCGAAAGCUGAAGCUGGAAAAGUACCGGAAUUAUUUUCCCUCAGAGCUCUCCGGUGGAGCGCAGCGAAAGGUGAUGGUGUGUGUCUCGCUUCUGGACGAUCCGCAGAUUCUCCUCCUCGACGAGCCAACGACGAGCAUCGACCCGGUGGGCAGGCGCGAGAUGUGGGCCUUUCUGGAGGAAUUCAUCUCUGCGAACGGCAGUGGGUUGUUUGCAAAAGAUGAAAACCAGGACAACAACUAUUUGAUGAACCAACAGCAGGCACUGGUGCGACGGCGAUCCGAUCAGCCAGCUGGGACCAAGGUGGACUACAGUAGCGACAACAACCUCCCGAAGUCGAAGUUCGUUUUCCUCACCACGCAUCUGCUCGAGGAGGCGGAGCUUUUGUGCAGCCAAGUGGCGAUUCAGGAUGGUGGGAGGUGGACGCACCUGGGAACGCCGGCCUAUUUGAACAUGGUGCCAUCGUACCGCGUCUCCGUCACCAUCCGCCCAGAAAUCGUCCACGUCGACUGCAUUUCUGGCGUUUUUGCUCCUUUCGCCGAAGAAGAAAAAACUUCCGGGAAUAAAAUGAUCUCGGCGAGCAAGGGUUUCUUCGGAAGCAGCUGCGAGAGGGGCGGUUUCACGAAUGUCCGGGCUACGGCGAAGACAUCCGGCAUGCGGGGAAGGAGCGGGCUUAUGAAUUUCGAUGGCACAGAAGAUGAUUUUUGUACAGAGAAGGCUCGGAGUUCUUCUCGGACGGAAGAAUGUGACGCGCUUCUACAACAAAAUAACAGCAAUUUUCAACACAGAACACCGGGCAAAAAAGGACCACAGGGCACCAGCGUGGAACUCUCCUUAGCAAGGCACCCGGUGCUGCUUUACCUUUUCAAGAAGUGGAGUUGGAAAAUGACGGUCGAGCAAAAGGCGCUCGGGACUACGAAGAAUACGAUGUCGGCAAGCGCGUGGCGCGUUGCGCUGCGUCACAGUUGUGAUAAUGGAUUUUCUCGGGAAGACGACGUGAUCGCGGAGUGCAGCGCUGUGUCCCAAAAGAACUUUCAGGAAAACGAAGAACAGUUGGAGAACUGGGUGCGACAGUUGGUGGCCGGACAGAUCAUGACAGAAAUCAAUGACUUCCUGCAAGCGAAUCUUUCGAAGCCGGGACGGAAGUCUUCAAACGACGGAGCUGAUGUUGCCGCGGAAGGAACUCCUGGCCAGAGUAAUUACAAACAAAGCGGCGCGCUUACUUCCGAGGACGCGAAGGAUCCGGCAGAUGCUUUUUUGCAGGGCUGCUUCCACUUCCGGGCAGAUGGCGACGUGGGGCAGUUGUUCACUGCGCUGGAGAAGCUAAAAGGCGACCUAGAUUACGUCGUUCUCGAUUACGCCGCUACCGCCCACCGUGGACUGAAAAAAGCCUUUUAUUAGGAAAGAAUCCUAGGUCGGCCACCGCAAUGAAGAUUUAGUGGUCGAAGUUCUGCCGACGAAUUCGGCUAAAUUGGAUAUUUGAUUUCCCUUUAUUUUCCCUUUUGAUUUACAAGGUAUUUUGCAAUGCGUUGUUUUUUCUUUUUGAAAUACACUUGUGGCAAGGAGAUGCGUCUAAGGCAUUUGGUGUCAAUUCAGAAAGUUUUGCAAACCAAUAUCAGACCGGUUUUGCAGCCAGUAGUGGGAUAGUUUUUCAAAGUAUUUCGGCAUAAAAAGGUGCACAUUUUUUCUGCAAAAGAUAUACUUCCUUGGAGUGCCAGCGCCAGGAUGCGCUUUCUGUUGUACUUUUGCCCGCUAAAUUUCUUGACUCCUUGAGAAUAUCUGCUAACCUUUAAACAAUUUUCAUUUCUUUCUUUGAUAUCGUGCCUUACACAUGCAUUAAUCGAGAAUAAAGUAGAGUUACGCCUAUGUCACGAGCGCGAUGUUGCUUCCUGUCGCACAUGCGACGAGCUGACUGCCAUUUACUGCAAUAUUGAUCAGUGCCGUGCUCUGAGGUCGUGCAGAAAGUAGUAGCAGCUGUCUACAUCUGCAUCGUGUUGAUCUAAGUGUCUCUUCACUGAAACACGGCAAGAAAAGUUCAGGGGUUGCAACUCCUUGACUUCCACUCUUGUUGACCACGUAAAGGAGCUGGCAUUGAAGCGACAUAUAAGAAUCCAAUCCCGAAACCCAAUUUUGAUGAAGAAAAUACAAAGCAAGCUACCGUGGAAAAUCCCAUUAGAAAUUUUGCGUGCGAAUCGAGAG